AUGGCUAAUCAAGGUGAUAACAAUGUGUUGAGGGAUUAUAGGAAAGGGAACUGGGCAAUCCAGGAAACAAUGGUACUAAUAGAGGCAAAGAAGAUGGACGAUGAGAGAAGAAUGAAGAGGCAAGAGGAUAGCCAUGGAAGGGCCAAACCAGCAGAGCUAAGAUGGAAAUGGGUUGAAGAUUACUGUUGGAGAAAUGGGUGUUUGAGGAGCCAAAACCAGUGCAAUGAUAAAUGGGACAAUCUCAUGAGAGAUUUCAAGAAGGUGAGAGAUUAUGAGAGGAGAGUAGGUGAGAGAGGAGGAGGUGAAGAAAGGUCAUAUUGGAUUAUUGAAAGGAGUGAGAGGAAAGAGAAGAAUCUUCCUUCUAAUAUGCUGCCGGAGAUUUAUGAGGCAUUGGUGGAGGUGGUGGAUAGGAAAGUAAGUCCAAGGGUGGCUUGUGGUGGCUCUGGUGGUGGUGGCGGCGGUGAUGGGUCUGGACCGUCUGGUUCCAAUUCCCUCAUGGCUUAUAUUGGGGAAAGAGUCACUGUUAAUGUUCAGCCUUCACAGCCUCCUCUUCUGCAACAACCCAUCACUGCUCCAGUGGCAGUAUUAUCAUUGCCAUUACCACCCCCACCCCAAUCACCAGCACAACCACCAGGUCUCCCUUAUUCUCAGCCAUUGCCCACACCCUCAGAUUCUGAUACAAGUGAGUAUUCAGACUCACCAGCAAAGAGGAGAAGAGGUGAGGGAACCAGUGGUGGCGGGGCUGCAAGUGGUGGUAUCUCACAAGAAGUUGGCUCUGCAAUCUCCAAAAGUGCUUCCAUCAUAGCAGAAGCUAUUCAGGCAAGUGAGGAGAGAGAAGAGAGAAGGCACAAAGAGCUCUUGAGUUUGCAUGAGAGAAGACUACAGAUUGAGGAAUCCAAGGCUGAGAUCAAUAGACAAGGCAUCAGUGGCCUGGUUGAUUCCAUUAACAAGCUUGCUAAUUCCAUUCUUGCUUUGGCAGCCAACAAAAACCAAAAUAGUCCUAAGUGAUAUUAUUCAAUUAAGAAGGGAUUAUUGAUAUGCUAAAUAU